AUGCAAAAACCCACUGUCGGGCAAGGGAUUCAAUACAGCGGGAAGACUAAAAACCACUGCCGAAACAUCCAGAUCGUGGUCAACCUAUUCGGCGUCAUCAUCGCGGUCGAACCCGCGGCUUCGGGGAGCGCUCACGACAUGACAAUUUGGAAAUAUUCCGCGCCCGUGGUCGAUCGCGACGCGCACUUCGCGGAGGGCGAGAAACUUGGGGCCGACCCGGGGUACAUCGGAGCCGACCCGAACCUGGACGUCGCGCCCGAUCAGAGCAAGUGCAAGACGCCGGAGGAGAAACGCGCCGCGGACGCGCAACGUCGACACCGGUUCGUCGUGGAGUACUCCAUCGGCGUUGUGAAGCGAAACUUCCCGAUGGUGGGUUGCCCCGGAUCCACGUACACGAAGUCGCCGAACCACUUCGGAGCCGCUUUCGCGGCCGCGUGCGGUCUUCAGAACUUCAUCUGGAAGACGCGCGGCACUGCGCCGCGGGGCGAGAAGUAUCUCUCGGGGGCGUGGGAGGAGUGGGAGGAAGACGCGAUGCGCGAUAAUUUCAGAAGCAACGACAGUCAGUUCUUCAACGACCCCGCGCUCCUCGACCCGCGGACGGGCCACGAGGCGCGGGUCGUCGGGCGCCUCGACGUGUUGUAG